UCUGAGAACAGUGCCGUCUGUGAUAACUCACAGGCACCAGUGAGCUGUUCUAUAUAAAAGUUUCUGAAGCUCUGCACACUUCCUCACUGGGCUACAUUCUCAGAAAAGAUGAAGCUCGCCUACAAAAUUUUCCUGCAGACAGUAACCCUGCUUUUUACAAACAGGUUUGCUCUAUCCGAAGAAAAUGCAGGAAGGGGAGAAGAGGCGAAGGCAUCUCCUGCUUGUCCUCUCAUGCUCCAAAGCAGUGGGAAAUGUGAUGGAGAAGAAUGCCCCUAUCAGAUUAAUUUUCCUCCAAUGACCCUCCAGCUACCCAAGCAGUUUCAACUGAUUGAGAAGACCCUCAAAGAAGUGCAGCACCUUAAAGAAAUGGUUAACAAUUUAAAGAAAUCCUGCCAAGACUGUAAACUCCAGGCAGAUGAUAAUCAAGAGAAAAAUAGCAAUGAAUUUCUGCCACCUGACACAGAUGGCCCAACAAACCAUAGCAAAAUACAAGAUAACCAAGGAACGGACCUGCAGGAGAAGGUUUCCAAGCUGUCAGAUAGUCUGAAGAAUGCAAAGAACCAGAUCCAUACUUUACACGGUCGUCUGGAGAAAAUGAAUCUCAUAAACAUGAACAAUGUGGAAAACUACGUAGACAACAAAGUUGCCAAUCUGACAUUUUUUGUGAACAGUUUGGAUGUAAAGUGCUCUUCACAAUGUCCAGCUAUAGAAUCAAAGCCAGUUAUCCAGCUUCUGCAAGGAGACUGUUCCAACCAUUUUGCAGCAGGAAACCGGCGCAACGGAAUCUACAAAAUCACCCCAGAUCCCAGAAAAAGCAGCUUUGAUGUUUACUGCGACAUGGAAUCGUUUGGGGGUGGCUGGACUGUGUUUCAGAUGCGUCAGGAUGGUAGUGUCUCUUUCAACCGAACCUGGGAGGAAUACAAGAAUGGCUUUGGAAAUGGUAGGGAGUUCUGGCUAGGGAAUGACAAAAUUCACCUCCUGACCAAAAGCAAGGAGAUGCAGUUGAGGAUUGAGCUUGAAGAUUUCAGCGGCAUCAGAGAAUAUGCUAAAUAUGACCAGUUCUAUGUUGCAAAUGAAUAUCUCAGAUAUCGGUUAAACAUUGGCAGCUACAGUGGCACCGCAGGGGAUGCCUUGCACUUUAAUAAAUUCUACAACCAUGAUCAAAAGUUCUUUACCACCCCAGACAGGGAUAAUGACAGAUACGUUGAAGGCAACUGUGGAGCCUAUUAUAGCUCUGGAUGGUGGUUUGAUGCAUGUCUGGCUGCUAAUCUAAAUGGCAAAUAUUAUAACAAAAAAUAUAAAGGGGUUCGCAAUGGGAUUUUCUGGGGCACAUGGCCUGGAGCUUCUGAUGAUAACAUGAAUGGCUAUAGAAAACCUUUUAGAAAGGUUAAAAUGAUGAUGAGACCCCAAAACUUUGUGCCAUGAAUUCCCCCCCACCCACAAGUCCCUUUAUCCAAUAUUGGCACCUUUCCCCAAUAUUUGAGUGCAAUUUAAGAAUAUUCUGUUACAUUUUCUUUUUUAAUAUUUUUCUCUUGCGAACAUUCCUCUUCCAAAAGCACACAGACGUAUUUUCCUGGUGAAAUUUAUUAUACACAAAGAUAUAUCUACAUUUUUGAAGCAAAUAAUACUUCAGCCUCAUACAUGGUCAAAAUUCGAGUUUAAGCUAUUUUGACACAGUGACUUUGAAGGAAUUCCACUAUUCCAGUACCAUUAUCUGUUCUAGCUCCUGGCAAAAGGUUUAGAUGAUUUGUAAUUUGUAAUGCUCCUUCAACACAUUCCAGAAACAUCUUAAGAAACUCAAUAAAUCCCCCCCCCCCACGGUUUCUCAGCUUAGUCUACUUUACAGGGUUAGUGUUGGGAUAAAAUGAGGGAAAGCCCCAAAACAUGCUGCCUUGAAUUUCUGGAGAAAAAGCUGCACAUAAAUCUGAUUUAACAGUUUGCUUCAGAGCCAGUGAAACUAAGUUGCCUUGCCAUGCUUUCCAAGGCAGGACAAUAGUCUUCAUCUCUCUAUGAUUAUUCCUUUCUAUGUAAAUAAUAGAGAUUAUAUUUUUAUAGAUGAUGAAUUAUUCAUUGCCAUUGUUAACUGUCACUUUUCUUUUUCAUGAACCAUGCCUAAAUAGUUUGUAGAAGAGUAGCUGUGUUAGUCUUUUUCAGUAAAAAAAUACAUGAACACUC